UUAUUUUACACGUUCAUUCUAGGAAUGCAAUCAUUCUAAGAGCCGUGAGGUCUAGAAUCCGCACGAGCUUUCGGAAUGGCGUCGUCCCUCGCUGCGCAGCUCGCGCAGAUCGCAGCAACAUCAACCCAUCAGCUCGACCUUAAAGCGCAGAGAGCAGCGCAUUCUCAGUCUCUGAUAUUCGAGAAGAAAAUUGCCGGCUCCCAAGAUUUUGAUACGAUCUUUCAAGUAUGCCACGAAGGGUUUCAAGAGUUAUGCUCUCUGGAUUCACGGUUUCUCUCGUUCAGACGAAACAUUUUCAGCGAUCAGAGCAAAACGGAGGACCGUGGGCAAAUGACCACGAGCCAGAAUAAAGAGCUGGACAGUGUGCUGGAGGACUUCCUCUCCCUAGUUGGUGCCCGCCUAUUGUUGACACCAGCGGUCAAAGCUGUUGACUGGCUUAUUCGACGGUUUCGAGUGCACGAGUAUAAUACGUCUUUCCUUCUCCUCACAUUCCUUCCAUAUCAUACCACUCCGCUAUUCUUAAACUUCCUAUCCAUUUUACCCGAGGACCUCACUCAGACUUUCAAGGUCUUUCUUCCUUAUAAAAGAAGUAUGACCCUCCCACCCCGGCAAGUGAUUGUCCAGAGUGCUUCAACAAACAAGUCAUUCUUCUCGGCUUUGAACAAUUAUGUUUUACAAGUCAGCAAGUCCCAGGCCCAUUACCAAGGACUCGUUUCAUUCUGGGCUGGGAUCACUACGGAGGCACUCGCAAACAUGCUGGAUUCAGCUAAGUCUGGCAGGAUGGAAAUCGAGACAAGGAACAAAGAAGAUGUGUUGAUACGGAUUUUACCAGUAUUGAACGAUGCCUUUAUGCUGAGAAAGGCACCUCAGCUUGUCGUUGGCUGUUACAUGUUGUGUGUUGUUCUCGCAAACAAGGCAUCCCUCGAAGAUCACGUUCUUGACAAUUUGAUGGAGGCAGUGACAGGUUCUUGGACGCAAACAAAUUUUGUUUCAGGUAUUACCUGCUUGUCUGUGCUAUCUCAACAGAAACAUGAGAAAUCACUACCAUCAAAAGUCGUUAAAGCGGUCCUUAGGCUGGACAAUGUUAUCGAGGUUUUCGAAGAACUUAGUGGCCGGUACGCGGUGACAGGCUUGAUCAUUGGUUUAAUAAGAAGCUGUGUUCAGGAGAAUGGGAAGCGAUCUGACCCGGCUCGUAUUCCGUUCGUUGGUCAAUUAAUACAACGCGCCAUCCUCAGCGACAGCGAAACCAUCGAAGCUUUAACCAUUUUGCUGCAGGCAUUUAGCGACUUGCAACGACAAGGUCUCGUGGCGGACGGAAUGGGAAAGCAACUGUCCGACCUACUUUUGCAGUUUAACGAAUCAGACACACUCGCACCAUUGCUCCGCAAGGCCAUAGAGAAUGCGGGCGUUGACAUCACCCAACUGGAAAUGACCUUGGAAACUGUCCUUCAAGCAGACAUUAUGCCUAUGGAAAUCGAAGAUGCGGACCUGUUAGAUUUUAUCAGCAGCUCUCAGACCCAAGACGCGUUCGCAGUCGCAUUGGAACCUCUAUCCCAGGCAGCGAUAACGGAGUCAUCUUUCCUAGCACCCGGUUCGUCCCUACUAUUCGACCAAUUAGCUGAGGCUUUUAUCCACGGAGCUUCUACGAAGGACAGGGUGUCGAGAUUCAUUAAAUUGCCGGUUUUAAGGCCGGAUAAGCCUUUGGACGACCCUCUUUACUUAUCCUUCUUUAUCCGAUUUUUUUCUGGCCCAUACCCUGUGACAGCGAGGACGGUUGCUAUUAGUAUUGUGUCAUCUUGCAUCACUGCUAUGGCUGAUAAAAGCGCUGAUAUGCAAGGAAUCCUUCCAUAUAUAAUUUCUGCUCUUGCGGAUCCCUCAGAGAGGGUCCGGAGAGAGGCUGCGGCUCUCCUGAGCUUGAUUGACCGCCUUGCCUCAAAAUGCAAGGACAACGAUGAUUCUAAUGCUCAAAUUUGGGGUCGCGGGUGCCUUUAUGGUCAAAACGAACGGUCAGAAUCCGUUCAAUUUUUACCAAUGAAGGAUAUUUACAAGAUUAUUCACCAUGCUUUGAUGCCUGCGUUAGAGGAAUAUGUCCUGGAUCCAGAUCAGGUUGGCCGAACGUUGACUCAAGUAAUUCGAGGACCCCGAUCUCAGGAUGAUUCUGACCGGACUCGCUCGGAAUCUACCGGAGUAGAAUUCAAAAAACCUCUUCGUCGUGAUCUCUUCUUGUUUCUCUGCUCCCAUGCGUCUAAAACAGCACUCUAUACUGUCAAGUUACGGCUGCUAAAGUUCCUCAAUAAGGUCGGGAAAAUCGGCUCCUUAAAUUGCACUGAAGCUCUCCGACAGGUUUUUGAUCAGUGGCGACUCUUGAGCUUAGAACACCUUCAGCGUAUUGAAGACGGCGAACGAAUAUCCACAAAUGAGCUCGAGGACCAAGUUCUAUCAAUCAUUUAUCCCAAGGACAUGGACGCUGUUGACCUUUUAUUCUCAUCUUUAACUUCUAACUCGAGGUCUAAUCGAGAAUCUUUCUUAACAGCAGGUUUCAACCGUCUAAAGGAAGUCUGGCCAUCGCUCGAAGAAACCCAUGAGUUGUCCCUCGCGAAUAGAUUGCUCCAGAUUUCUUUGAGCUUGGAGAAUGGGAAGUUGGCGGGCGCCGCAAAAGGCCUUCUCCGAUCGGUGGAUCUAUCCGGCCCUGUUAUCCUUGAGUUCCUCAAUAAGAUUUCUGCUUCUGUACCAGAUCUAGGGUCUCGUGGUCCUCCCUCAAAGAAAAGACGAACCAGCCAGAAUAACAUGGUACCGAUGAGCUCUAUGGAUAAAGAAACCGACUCGGUCCUGCAAAAGAUGACUUUUAUUCUGGAGCUCAUUGACAGUUCCCACUCGGAAAAUCACCCUGAACUUAUUUCUGGGCUUUUCCAAACGCUGACCAUUAUCCACCAUCUGAAAUUGCAAACGAGAUCAGAGAUGAGUUACCUCCUGAGUCUCAAUCUUGGAAUCCUGUUAAGUAUUGUCAAUAAGUGGAAAGGAAUGCCCACGCGGAAGAUCAAUACUUCGUCUAUUAGGGCGGAUUUAAUAAUAGAUUGCGUGCGAACAUCGGAAAGCCCGCAGGUACAAAACACUGCACUUCUCCUGGUUGCGGGACUCGCAACGGUUGCGCCGGAGCUUGUCUUGCAUAGCGUGAUGCCGAUUUUUACCUUCAUGGGCUCCAGUGUCCUAAGAAAAGACGAUGAGUACUCGGCUCUAGUGAUAGAUCAAACUAUCGACCAAGUGGUACCUCCUUUGGUCCAAUCCUUGAGAAACCAGAAGAGAGAUGUCGUCUCAGGUACAUCCGAGCUGCUUCUUUCCUUUACAACCGCCUUUGAACAUAUCCCGUCGUAUCGCCGACUCAGGCUCUUUGAAGCUCUCAUCACGAAAUUGGGCCCUGAAGAUUUCUUGUUCGCGGUAUUUGCUAUGUUUGCGAAUCGAUAUUCCAUGGAUAAGGACGUUCUGGCGACAAUGACCGCCCUCGCAUCCGAUUGCAAUGCCGAAUUACAGCUCAUUACAUAUGCAAGAUACCUCAAUUUGGUUAAGGAUACAUUGCAACCGAAGCCAACGCUUGCGAAGACUCUUCUGGGUGUGGGCAGCGAAGAUGGAAGGGACCCGCAGAAAAUUGCGGUGGACUUACUGCAAGCUCUUUCGCAUCUUCUUAAAUUUACAUCUUUACGAACCAAGAUGAGUGAAUGCUUCGAUUCUGGAACCGAGCAACAGGUUGAUAAAGCCCACGGACUCUUCUCGACUAUAUUGGAGCAAACACUCGCCCUGUCCGAAUCUGUCCGUACAGUCAAGCCUGUAAACAGCGCUUGUGGUGAAACCCUGGGUACAUUGCUGGGAACAUUGUCCUUAGUCGAUUUCGUCGAUACCAUUGAGGUUCUACUUCAGCGGCCAAGUGACGAUCUUCGGCGAAAAGUGAUCAAGCUCCUUGAAAACCGCCUCGAUUCGAGCAAUGACAGAGACAAGGCAUCGCAAGCACGGGUUCUAUCUUUCUUAACUGUUCUGAUUAAUAUCCUUGAGACAUCUCCCGACAUCCUGCUGAAGCAUGCUGCCGUUGCGUGCAUCGAAAAGAUCGGAGAGAAGUAUGGCAAGAAGGACCCCUCGCAGGUUCUUGCGGCAGCCAAGGUUAUCUCGGGCGAGCAUUGCCUUGGACAACCCGACAGACGUAUCAGGGUGAUGGGAUUGCUCUGUCUUGCAUCGAUGUCGGAGAUUCUUGGGGAAGGGAUCAUUCCUACUCUCCCCGAAGCCCUUCCUCGAGCAAUUGAUCUAUUACGAGACACACUUGCGGCAUCAGACGACGAUUCUCAGCUCCAUGAUGCUGUCUAUUCUCUGAUUUCGGCCCUUCUCAUUCAUGUUCCCUGGAUGAUUUCUGGCGAAUAUCUAGACAACAUUCUGCAACUGUCAUUCAUAUCCUCAAACACAGACUUGGCGGAAGGUUCCGAUGAAAAUCGUCUGGAAGCAUUACAGCUGCUCGCGAAGAGAGUGGAUGUCAAAGAGGCUUUUGCUGGCGUUGAGCGGAAUUGGGAUUCGGCUGUAACGCAGGGUUCAAGGGCCGUUCAGGAAGCUCUUGAUGUUGUGAGAACCGCCAUUGAGAAACAUGCAAAGUCUGCUACAGUUAAGAAUGUUUCUGUUUUGAUGAAGUUGUUGUGCAAGGCAUUCGAUUUACGCCGACUUCAGCUUUCUCCAUUAAAUGAUGGUGGCUUUGAUGAAGCUGAAGUUGACGAAAUUGAGUCUCGGGCCAAUGAUGUCGCUGUAAGGAUGAUUUACAAGUUGAACGACACCGUCUUCCGUCCGCUGUUUAUUGAUCUCACGGCGUGGGCUGUUAGCGGACUGGGAAAGAAGGAUACUACAGGGCGCGUAGCGCGGUUAACCACUUUCUACAGAUUUUUGGAGAGCUUCUUCGGGACCCUCAAGUCUAUUGUCACUGGUUACUCAAGUUAUAUCAUUGAGAGUGCGGUGGAAGUGCUCAAGUUUUCACGGUGUAACGAUAAAGCCACAAAAACAUUAUGGCUGGCCGUGCUACGCAUGCUUCGUAAUUCAUUUGGACACGAUCAAGAUGAAUUUUGGCAAUCACCGACUCAUCUGGCAUCCAUUUCAGAGCCUCUAAUCAAGCAGCUCUCGAUGGCCACAAAUUCCCCAACCCUUGAUCUCGUGGCUGCCGAAGCAAUUCCUACCAUUGUCGAACUUGCUGUGGCAGCUGACUCCCCAGAUAACCAUAAAGAGCUAAACACGGUGAUCAUGAAGUUUAUGCGUGCAGGGCAUGGCAACGCCCGUGGGGCGGACAAUCCAUACACGCGUCUAGCUGCAGUCAAAUGCGAGCAGCAACUGACAGAGCGUUUAGGAGAGGAGUGGCUUGCGUUACUACCCGAGAUGUUGCCGUAUAUCAGUGAACUGUUGGAGGAUGAUGAUGAAAAUGUGGAGCGAGAGGUGCGGAGAUGGGUGUUGUCGAUUGAGGACAUAUUGGGAGAGAAACUGGACGAUAUGUUGACGUAGAGAUACAUGUGAGUACGGUACAUACACUUUUGGUGAACUUUGGAGUUUUGGAGAAUGUGUAUGUUUCUGGGUACUGUCGAUGAAACUGGAUUCACAUAUAGGUCGCUGAGCAUUUAACACUGGGGAAAAAUCCAAAAAUUUAUAUUAAUAUGAAACUAUUACAAUGUUACUAUGUCAUCGAAUAAUCAUAUUAAUCGAAAUACGACUGGCCUUUCCAACAAGAGCGCAGUCAGCAAGACUUAUAUGGGUAUAAAUACAUCUUAGAUCGGAGGAGGACUCAAAUCGAGUCCUUCAACAGUCAACUUGAACGCAUCGUUGCGCGAAUAGCUCCCAGCAACAUCCAAAUCUAAUCUUCCCCUUACACAAUCCUCGAAAUCAGCCUCAGAUAUCUGCAAUCCCCCUUCAUCAUCAUCAUCGACGUUCCAAACCGGACCGGCGAGAACUUUCCCCAUCGGGCUUAUGAUGCAGGACCCACCGCCCGUGAGGAUAGGAUCGGAAUCGCUGCUGUCCUUCUGGGCGCUAUCGUCACCUUUUACCCAGCCGGGUAGCUGGCUCUUCCUAACGCAUUGGUUGCAAGUUAAGACAACUGCUCUCCCUUCAAAUGCUACUGUCUGCAUGAGCGGGAGCCAUGUAUCGCGACCGUCGGCGGUUGGGGCAAGAUAUAAAUUGACAUUUUGCUGGUAGAGACUUUGGCGGAGUAAGGGCAUGUAGUUCUCCCAACAGAUUGCAGCCGCGAGGGUCAGCUUGACGCCAUCGACUUCGGUGGUUACGGCUUUUAAGGUCGAAGCUGAUCCCUGGGCCCAGACGAGACGCUCCGUGCCGGU